CGGACGGCGCGAGCCCCGCAAGCCGUGAGUUCGGGUCCCGCUCCGGCCCCGCCCCUCCCGCGCUUCUCCCGCCCCGGGGCCGCCGCGGGCUGCUCUCCCCGCUUCUCCCGGCACGGCCGCGCCGUCUUAGCGUUCAGAGGGAGGAUACGAGGGAAAGCUCCUGUAUGGAAAGGACUGCCCUGGUCAGAGCCAACAUGUCUCGAGAGACUGGAAGUGAAGCACAGCAGUCUCAGAGUGCCCAGCAGCCCCAGAGUGGUACCAGUUCUUCCAGUGGCUCACAGAGUACUAGUCAGUCUUCCUUAAGUUCUGGGACUCUCAGUUCCUUGGACACUGUUCCCACUCAGGAGCUUCCAUCCAUCCCUGAGGACCAGGAAUCUGAAGAGCUGGUUCCUCAGCCUUGGGGUCGACUCUUUGCACUUGGAAAAGGUUUCAGCAACUGUGACUGUGUGAAUGAUGAGUACUGGUUUGGGAGGGACAAAAGCUGUGAUUACAGUUUUUCUAAGCUGGGAUUGUCUGAGACUGGCUUCUACCAAAACUAUAGCAAGAAGCACUUCCGAAUUUUCAGGGAAAUGGGUCCAAGAAAUUCCUAUGUUGCCUACAUUGAAGACCAUAGUGCAAAUGGGACAUUUGUUAAUAGAGAGCUCGUUGGAAGAGGGAGGAGGCUUCCACUGACACACAACUCUGAAAUUGCACUGUCUGUACAGACCAAUAAGGUGUUUGUAUUUUCUGAUCUUAUGGUGGAUGAUCAGAUGAUGUUUCCUAGAGAACUCAGAGAAAAAUAUAUUAUGUCAAAGACUUUGGGAAGUGGUGCCUGUGGAGAAGUCAAACUGGCAUUUGAGAAGAGCACCUGUAACAAAGUUGCAGUGAAAAUCAUCAAUAAACGGAAGUUUGUGGCAAGUGGCCUGGGUGAAGAGAACCCAGGUUUAAAUAUCAAUACAGAAAUUGAGAUUUUGAAGAAAAUAGAUCAUCCUUGCUUAAUUAAGAUUAAAAACUUCUUUGAAGCAGAGGAUUACUACAUUGUUUUGGAACUGAUGGAAGGAGGAGAAUUGUAUGACAGAGUGUCAAGGCCAAUCAAGAUGAAAGAAGAUAUCUGCAAGUUGUACUUUUAUCAGAUGCUGCUGGCAGUAAAGUAUCUUCAUGACAAUGGAAUUAUACACCGAGAUCUAAAGCCAGAAAAUGUGCUACUCUCAUCUUCUGAAGAGAUAUGUCUUGUAAAGAUUACAGAUUUUGGACAAUCCAAGAUUCUUGGAGAAGCUUCUCUUAUGAAAACAUUAUGUGGUACUCCCAUGUAUCUUGCUCCUGAGGUUCUAAAUUCACUUGGGACUGCUGGAUACAGCCGAGCUGUGGACUGCUGGAGUUUAGGAGUUAUUCUUUUUGUAUGCUUGUGUGGAUAUCCACCAUUCAAUGAGCAAAAUACUCAGCUCUCUCUGAAGGAUCAAAUCACUCGUGGAAAAUACACAUUCAUUGCUAAAGAGUGGAAGCAUGUGUCAGACAUGGCUCUGGAUCUUGUGAAGAAGCUGUUAGUGGUGGAUCCAAGCAAACGUCUUACCACAGAGGAGGCCUUAGAGCAUCCUUGGCUGCAGGAUGAGGAUAUGAAAACAACAUUUGAACAGCUACUUGCUCAGACACGUACCAAUAUGAACCCACCAGAAACAUCAAAAAUGCCAACCACAACGAGAAAACGUCCCCAUGAAAAUGAGGAAGACAAUGGCUCUGCUAAACGUGCUGUUCCUUCUACCUCCUAUCAGACAAUGAGGUGAAAAGGAAGAGAAAAUGACUUUGUUAAUGACAGCUUUUUUAUGGAGAGCAGAAUUUUUUAUUAAGUAAAAUCUUAAUAAUGGAAUAAACUACUGAAUAUGUAUAAUUUUCAAAUAAAAAUAACUUUGUAAGACUGAA